UCUCUCUCUCUGUCUCUCACACACAGAGACUAUUCUUGUUCAAGUUUCAGUCUUUUACUUUAAUCAACACUCAAAACCCCACCCAAAAAAGGAACGUCCAACUUUUUUCACAUCAUUCAAAUAUCUUUUUUUUUUUUUCUUUUUUUUUUCUGUAGCAUCAGCAAAUUGCAGAUAAGCCUCUUUUCUAUUUUUCUGUUCCCUUGUGCAUAUUUUUCCCCUCUUGAAAUGGGUUUUCUGGGUUUUAUUUACAUGAUAAUAUAUUAGUUUUAAAAAUACUGAAUUUUCACUAACUACAUUGAUUUGAUUAAGUUUUCUUUUUCCAAAUGUGGGCCUUGUGGAUUGGGUGUAGAGUUGUUGGUGAAAUUACUGCCAUUUUUUAACUUUUCCAAAAGACCUGUUUUUAUCUCUGUCUUACCUAAAAAGUUGGAAAAAUUACACCGUUCAAAAAUAAGACCGUUCAAUCAUCAAUUUUGUUACUUGAACACUGAUAAUUCUCCCAAAAGAUUAGAAAAAUCUGCUUCUAAUUUGGGGGAAAUUUAAUUCCUUAAGAAUAGACUGUGUCUUGAAGUAGUAUUAGCAUGGAAUUAGCCAAUCUGAAUGUUGACGAUUUGAAGUAAACGAAUAAUCGUAUUGUAUACCCUUUUCCAUAUACAGAUUCUUGUAGAUUUUAAUUUGAAUGUCAAUUUACAGAUAGGAACUGUCAAUAUUGAUUUCUCUUCUGAUUCGAAUACAUAACCUAUAUAGCUGUAGUUUUUUACUUGAAUUAUUUGGAGUUGUAGCAUUAACCUGCAAUUGUGUGUUCUUUCUUUCUUCGUCUUCUUCAUCUUCUUCCUCUUUUUUUUUUUUUAGCCUCCCUGCCUUAUCUGGGUUUACAAAUUGGAUUAAUCAAUCUAACUCUUUGUUUAUGCUUCUUUUUUAAAAUUACUACUCAGACUUACUUGAUGUUCAACCAGUGGACAAGUAUGGAAAGAAUGUUAUUCAGGAUCAAUGGAGAAUCGGAUUAGGAAUAGCUUAUUUGAGAGAAAACGGAGUGUGUGAACUAUUUUGGAGCAAAAAACCAUUGCCCUGUUUUCAAUUUUCCGGCACAGCGAAUAUCUGGUUGGCAACUUAGAAGUAUAGAGAAUAUUGGGGAUCAAAUCAUAGAGUUAAAGAGCUGUUGGGAUUGAGGGUUUAGACAUUGAAAGGAUUUUGUGAUCUUCCAAGAUUUUUCAAUGGAUUCAUCGUCAUUUUCUGGAUCGUCGAAAAGGGCAAAGGCACCCGGGAAUGUUACACAAGUUGCUCAGUGCUUGGUGGAUGGGUGUGAUGCGGACCUAAGUCUGUGUCGAGAGUAUCACCGGCGUCACAAAGUCUGUGAGGCACACUCAAAAACUGCAAGGGUCACAAUUGGGGGUCGAGAGCAGCGGUUUUGUCAACAGUGCAGCAGGUUUCAUUCCUUGAUAGAGUUUGACGAGGGAAAGAGAAGCUGCAGGAAACGUCUUGAUGGCCACAACAGGCGCCGGAGGAAGCCUCAGCCUGACACGCUGUCUAGAAGUUCUGGUUUGAUGUUUCCCGUCCAGCAAGGUACUCGAGUUCUCUCAUUUAAUAGCCCAGAAAUAAUUCCGAAUCCCAGUGCGAGCUCAUCUUGGGCCGGGAUCGUGAAAACUGAGAAUAAUAUGAUUCUAUACAACAAUCAACCACACUUAGAUUACAUCGAGAGACAAAAUACAUUUCCUGAAAUUUCGGCUCAUAGCUUUAAAGGAGUAAAUCAACUUCAAUUUUUGCAAAGCCCUCACCAAAGUGUCCAAGAAAUUUCCAUCUGUCAACCUCUUCUUGAUCCGAAUGCUGCAUCUGGAAGUAACAAUACCUGCUGCCAAAAUCUUUAUGCUGAUGGCUUAAAUCAAGUUGUUGACUCUGAUCGUGCUCUCUCUCUUCUGUCAUCGGCCCCUGCUGUUUCUCGAGAAUUUGGUUUGGAUCAUGUGGUGCAGCAUGAUCCAUUACUCUCAAAUGCACAGUCAGUUCACAGUUCGCAGUAUAUCGGCCUAGGCCAGUACUCGUAUCCUCGAGAAGUUGAAAGCAAGCCGGUAGGGUUUGAUAUGGAUUCCCCCCACGGUAGCAAAAACUCAACUGUCCAUUUUCGGGGAAUGUUUAUGAAUGAGCCCGAUGGGUCGUCUACAAGUGGAUCCCACCAAACGCGGACAUUCGCGUGGGAGUAAAUUUAGCUUAUUUCUGUUGGCUUCUUAUUGUCAGAUAUACUUGUUUUUGUCCUGGCUUUCUUUGCUAACCACAUGGUAUUGAAUUCUUGUGACAGAAAAUGCAUUUUGAAGGAAUUUCUCGUGUUCUCGUC